AUGGCCACCAUGAUCCGCCGUGGCAAGACAGAAGGAUGGCUACGACUCCCACCCGGAGCGUUCCUCCCUUGGGCAGCCCUCAAUGACGCCCAGUUCUAUCGUACAGCCCCAGGGAAUUUCCCAGGCCGGGGUGGCGCCCUUCUAGCGGAGCACGAUCUGGACGCCGAGAAAGACGAUUCCAAUGUUCUCCUUACGGUACCAAAGGACCUAGUUCUCUCGCUUGAACGGUGCCAAGAGCAGGCACGGUACGACCGAGACUAUCGAGAAGUGCUGGAUAGUCUGGGAGACUUUAGCAAGCUCUCUGAGUAUGUGGGAGUUCAUACAGCUUUCUCCGACUACAUCAAAUCACUGCCCAUGGAAGAGCUACCUACUUUCUGGACGCCAGAAGAACUCCAGCUGCUGAUUGGCACCACUCUUGCUCCCGCCAUGUCCUCGAAGCUCAAAAGCCUACGACGAGAAUACGACCUGCUUUGCUCGAGCGCUGCGAACACGAGGUGGUACAAGGCGGUGCAAGACUACCUUGACUUUGACGACUGGCUGCAGGUCGAUGCAAUGUACCGCUCGCGCGCACUCGACUUUCCCGCCAUCGGCCACUGCAUGGUUCCCUGUGUCGACCUUGCCAACCAUGCAACAGGAGAGUCAACGCUAGCUGUCUAUGAGAAAGAUCACGAGGGCAACGCCGUGCUAUUGCUUCGAGACGGCAAGAGCGUUAAAGACAGCCACGAGAUUACCAUAACGUAUGGUGAUGAGAAGGGCGCCUGUGAGAUGUUGUUCUCCUACGGCUUCUUGGACGACAGCAUGACGUCUGCAGAAUCGCUGUUCUUGUCUCUGAACAUCGCAGACACCGAUUCGCAGCAAACAUCAAAAAUGAAAUUCGCGGACACUGCUCCGGGCUUCAAGUUGAUAGAUACCAGAGACAGCGAGAUCGACUGGACAGGCGACUUCAUCUGGCUGCUCUGCUUGAGUGAAGAUGACGGCCUUCGCUUCGAACUUGCAAGGACUGUGGACGGCGACAUCGAGAUGGAGGCCUUCUUUCACGAUCGGCGUCUUACUGGCGGCGCUGCUGAAUUGUAUAGCCUACUUGCAAAAGACGAGCUGUGGGAGCUCUAUCGCUUACGGGCGAUCACUCUGCUACAACAGCGUGUAUUCGACCAAUUGCAAGUGCUCUUCUCGACGCAGGAUGACAUGGAGGCUACUCCGCACGGCGAUAAUUCGGAGGUGCGAGACAGGCCGUAUGAGCUGGCUAUGAGACUGCGGGCUUUGGAAUUCGACCUGAUGAACCAGGCGUACGAGUCUUUCGAGCAGCAGAAAGACGAGCUCGCACAACAUCCCGUAGUCGUCCGCUACCUGGAGGAGAUGAAUCAAGAAACAUCUGCAGAUUCGCAAGCAGAUCCUGGCGGAACUGUCGCCGAACCUGACGACUUCUCGUGA